AUGACAGAUCCACUUGACACAGCAGCUGCCAUGGCUUACCAUCCUAAAGCUCAUCGAUUAGGUGCUGUGUCCCUGUCGGCCUUCCUUGCUCAGCCUUCGUUUUCCCCUGCGCUCACUUUUCCAGACGUCGCCUCCCUGUCCGAGCCUCUGUCGGAGGAUGCUGUCUCUGAUGCAGAGCUACACGCAGCUCUGAGACGCCAACGUCACCCAACACUGAAGAGCCUGCAGCUAGAUGAAGGGCUGUUUGGUGAGCCAAAAGUCGCACUGGAAUCAAACUGUUUAUGGAAAGAAUUUCACAGAAUGGGAACUGAAAUAGUUGUUACAAAAUCAGGAAGGAGGAUGUUUCCGCCUUUCAAAGUGCGAGUGGAAGGCCUGGAUGAUAGAGCAAAGUAUAUCCUGCUGAUGAACAUUGUGGCUAUUGAUGACUGCUGCUACAAUUUUCACAACUCCCGCUGGAUGGUGGCUGGAAAAGCUGAACCGGAGAUGCCAAAGCGCAUGUACAUCCACCCAGACAGCCUGUCCAAAGGAGAGCAGUGGAUGAGCAAGCCAGUUGCUUUCCACAAACUUAAACUCACCAAUACUAUUUCGGAUAAGCACAGAUAUACUAUUUUGAAUUCAAUGCAUAAAUACCAACCCAGGUUUCAUAUUGUCAGAGCCAACGACGUAUUGAAGCUUCCAUAUUACACCUUCAGGAUAAUUUUUCCAGAGACAGAGCUCAUGGUUGUCACUGUGUAUCAGAAUGACGAGAUCACACAGCUAAAAAUCGACAACAAUCCCUUUGCCAAAGGAUUUAGAGACACUGGAAAUGGGAGACAAGGAAAGAGGAGGUUUUUGCCACCAAAAUACAUCUGGAUAGCAAAGGACAUACUUUUAUAUAUUUAA